AUGCUCUUGUCGUGCGUGGACACUAAGAAGAAGAAGCGGAAGCUCAGUACUCUGGAGGAAGGAAGCAGUAGUAUGUGGUCGGAUUCGCGUGGAACUCCCUUGCCCAGCGGUGGCAUGUCUGGAUCGUCAUCACGUUCGCAACCCCCACAGGCCGCAGCGCUAGCAACCAUGCGUCGCCACGGACGCACGCUACUGCUUCUCGUCGCACUUGGUGUAUUAGCGUACGUAUCGCUGUCCAGAUCGACGAUGAGUGGCAGCACGGCCACUGGCAUCAACCACGGCGCCGAACUGCGAACACCUCAGAAUUGGGGCAACGAUCAACCGAUGCUGUUGCCUUCGGUGACAGCUAGGCACAACAUUCGACAGCAGCCUACACUGGCACCUCCACCUAAGCCUGACUCCUUCGGUAUCGUCAUUGUGGCCGAUCUGGACAAGAAAUCCAAGGACGAUAACAGCAAGAAGCCGCAGUUCCUGUCCUACAUCAUGCACGCCACACUCAAAGUCACGCCAGGCAGCUCCAGUGCUACCCAUAAACGCGACGCGUACUCAGUGACCUUUGGAGAAGAAACCAAGUUUUCAACUCACAUGAAUGAGGCCGGACGCGGCUUCGAACUCAGUGAACUAGCCUGGUUCGACGGCAAGCUACUGGCGUUUGAUGACCGUACGGGUAUCGUGUUCCGACUCAAGCAUUUUGAGGGUAUAAGCAGGACCAAACCUCUGCAGGCCAUCCCAGAGCACAUCAUCAUGGAGGGAGAUGGUUUCAACGGCAAGGGCCAGAAGCACGAGUGGGCUACUGUGAAGGACGGAGAGCUGUAUAUGGGGAGUGUGGGCAAGGAGUUCACGGACAAUGACGGCAAUGUCAUCGGGGAUGGCAAUUUGUGGGUCGCUGUGAUGAACCGUGCGGGUGAAGUGCGACACGAAGACUGGACAGCGAACUUUGCAGCGGUACGGAAGGCUCUGGGCUGUGAAUGGCCAGGCUACGUGGUGCACGAGGCCAUCGAGUGGAGUCCUGUGCGUCGUCAGUGGUUUAUCCUGCCACGACGUGUCAGUACUGAGCCGUACAAUGACAUGGAAGACGAGAGACGUGGCUCGAACAAGAUUAUCAUUGCUAGCGAGGAUUUUAGUAGCAUCCAAGUGCGGGAGGUAGGGAAGGUCACACCGCUACGCGGUUUCUCGUCCUUUAAGUUCGUUCCACGGUCCGACGACUCGGUCAUUGUUGCUAUCAAGAGUGUGGAGGUGGAGGAUGAAGAGAGACAGACGUCGUAUAUUACAGUGUUCAGCGUGGAUGGGAAUGUGCUUAUGGAAGAGACCGAGAUCCCUGGAGCCAAGAAGUACGAGGGCGUUGCAUUCGCUCACGACUGGUCCUAG